CCGGCUCCGGGCCCAAUGGCGGAGAGCGGCGCCUGGCUGCUGGUGCUCAGCGCCGUGUUCCUCUGCAACGCCCUCAAGAUCCUCCUGCCCUCCUGCUCCUCCAUCGUAUCCAGGCUGUUACAGAAGGAUGCAGAGCAGGAAUCCCAGAUGAGAGCUGAGAUCCAGACCAUGAAGCAGGAGCUUGCCACCAUCAGUAUGAUGGAUGAGUUUGCCAGAUAUGCACGGCUGGAGAGGAAGAUUAACAAAAUGACUGACAAGCUCAAAACCCACGGUACAAUAGCACUAGGAAUGUACUUUGAUGUGUUCUGUUAUCCAAACUAAUAAAAAUUCCCAUUCCAGGCUGCCCUGAUGAUCUCUCUGAUCUGGAAGUACUACUCUGAGCCUGUCACGGUGCUUCCGAGCAAAUGGUUGGCUCCCCUGGAGCGCCUGGUGGCCUUCCCUACAGGAGUGGCAGGAGGAGUGGGAAUUACCUGCUGGCUCGUGGUCUGCAAUAAAGUUGUAGCUAUCAUGCUGCACCCCUUCAGCUGAAGGAAUCCCAGCAAUCCGUGGACUCCUCAACUGCAUUUACAUUAUCAUGGUUUUAAAUUCUUUUAAAAAGAGAAAGGGACAGUUAUCUUUCAUGAGACAAGGUCUGAGGCAAUCCUUGUUACUCCAUUUGGAUAUCAGUCAGUCCUUUUAAUUUCUAUUCCCAGAGUUUGUCUUUCAGUUUGGAAAGAGCAGCACUGCUGAUUAUAAAACCUCCUUUUGGGUUUAUUUGUGGCAGAACCAUAAGGUUUUGUCAUGGCCUGUUGUCACCAACGUCUAAAAGUGUUGGAUUUGUAGUUUUAAAUUGGAAAUGUGCUGGCUUUAGGAAUUAACUUGGCAGCUUGGCUGUUUCUUUGCUUCACCCCGAGGUGGGAUCAUGUUGGGUGGUACAGAGGGCAGAGGGAGGUUGUUUCCUUGGCUUGGGGCAAAAGAGAGUUUCCUUGUGAUUUCUUUACCCUAAAAUUGGAAUAUUCUCGAGCUGUCCUAAAAAAAUAGAUGUGUUUAAUCAAGAUUUUAUCUCUUAAGAGGUUUCCUCAGCUGCCAAGCACAGGCUCCUGUCAAUGAAGCAGAAGACAGUGCUGUCCCUGCAGAGGGGAUGCUGAAUUAGCUUCCCACUCUGGAAUUCCCACAGAGGAAUGAUCUGCUCUGCUAUUCCAGGGCCUUUUCCUCCCUGCAGGAAGGAAAGGGCCAGGAAACCUCCAAAACUGGCACUACUUCUAAAAACUAGUUUUAAAGGUCAGGUUAUGUUGUGUGUAUAUAUAUGGAUUAAAUAUUUUUGUUCGGGUUUUUUUUAAUGUUAAUUUAAAAAUUGGGAUAUUAUAUUAGGAGUUGCAUUUAGCCAACAUGAAAAUAAAUAUCAUGGAAAAAAUGCUGUGAUUGAAUGUUAUGUAUAAUUGUGAUUUUAUUAAGGAAAUAAAGCUUUUCAACCCA